AUGGUUCCCUCAAUAAUAUCUUGUGCGCCGGUCGCCCUCGCUUUUCUCUCGCUCGUCUCUGCGGCUACCAUCGACCGGCGAGCGUCAACGUGCAAUGGCCACUCAGAGCUUUGCGAUCGUAGUUUUGGCAAUGUUACAUUUGUUGGCGCCCAUGAUUCCUACGCUGUCGGCACCAAUAACGUGGCAACAAACCAGGACUAUAACAUCACACAGCAACUCAACGAUGGGAUCAGAAUGCUGCAGAUGCAAGCGCACAACAGUUCCGGUACCAUUGAGUUGUGCCAUACAAGCUGCCUUUUGUUUGAUGGAGGUAGCCUGGAGACCUAUCUUACCACGGUCAAGACGUGGAUGGAUGCCAACACUAACGAUGUCGUCUCCCUGCUCAUCGUCAACUCUGACGGCUUCUCUGCCUCCGACUUCGCAAGCGUCUUCCAAUCUGUCGGCUUGGAUACCAUGUCCUAUUCCCCCACUUCCUCCAAUUUGACCUACACCUCCUGGCCGACCUUGGGCACCCUGAUCGAUGCCGGUACACGUUUGGUCACUUUCAUGGACACUCACGCCGACUUCUCCACCGUCACGUACAUCAUUGACGAGUUCACAAACGUUUGGGAGACUGCCUACGACGUCACAGACCCUACUUUUGAUUGCGAUGUGAACCGGACUAAGGGUGAUUCGACCAACCAGAUGUAUCUCAUCAACCAUUUCCUCGACACCAAUCUCCUUGGCUCACCAAUCCCGGACACGGCUGAUUUGGAUACCACCAAUGCUGCCAACGGCACGGGGUCGUUGGGCGCGCAGCUCGACACCUGUGUCGGUGAUUACGGUCGUAACCCCAACUUCAUGCUCGUUGACUUCUACGAGUACGGUGGCGGAUCCGUCUUCGAGGUUGCUGCCACUGCCAACGGCGUCACCUAUGAUCCCACAACACCCAUUGCUACACCGCUAUCCUCUUCUUCCUCGUCUUCAACGUCGUCAUCCAGUGGCAGUGUAGGAAAGCUGUCGGCGAACGUUCUACUUGGCCCUGCAGCGGCCUUUUCGAUGUCUUUGAUGGCUGCCUUUGCUCUCCUUGGAUGA